AAUGCACGGCUGGAAUUUUAGUAGAAGAAGAAAAACUUCACCCGGGAUGCUAAACUACUAGCCAAUAGAUCCAUGUUACUAGCUACAUUUUGUGAGUAACUCGCAACAAAAUGAUUUCAAGUCUGCAAAGAAAUAUUGUGCGUUAAGUGGUUGUUGUAUAUCUGAAGAAGACGUUCUCCGCUGCCUGAUACACAGGAUGAAGGUGAAGAUCCGCCAGUGGAACGGGGUGGCCUCCUGGCUUUGGGUGGCUAAUGACGAGAACUGUGGGAUCUGCAGGAUGCCUUUCAAUGGCUGCUGUCCGGACUGUAAAGUGCCCGGGGACGACUGCCCGCUAGUCUGGGGUCAGUGCUCUCACUGUUUCCACAUGCACUGCAUCCUGAAGUGGCUCAACUCGCAGCAGGUCCAGCAGCAGUGCCCCAUGUGCCGACAGGAGUGGAAGUUCAAAGAAUGAAGCAGUGGUGUUGGCCUGCAGAGACUCAGACACAGAGACAUCCCCUCACAGGGGCCCGCUAUCGGAUUGAACUUUUAUAUCAGCUGUAUAUAACAAUGUUUUUAUAUUCCUCCAUUUCAUGUAAUGCUAAGCACAUUCGGAACCUGUUAAAUACGUGAUUAAAUCAAAAGAAAAGUGGA